CAAACCACCCAAAUAAUUUUUGAUGGAAAAAUACUUCCAAAAGGAGAUCUAGUAAUUGAAAACUUCCCUAAGUUAGUUGCUAUUGCCAUUCCUGAUCAUGAUGAACCUGAGAGAAUGUCUUCACUACCUAAGGUGCAAAUCAGAAACUGUCCCCAAUUGAAACAGGUUAAAAUAAUUCUAUUUGAAGUCCAAAACUUCUCUAUCUCUGAUUGUCCAAAAGUAGAAAAACUAGAUUUAAGGUACAAUGAACUAACUUCUUUAAAUAUUAGUGAGCUAGUAAAUCUAGUUGAUUUAGAUUGUUCCAGUAACUCUUUAACUACUUUAGAUAUUAGUCAUAAUUUAAAGUUAAAAGUUCUUGAAUGCGAUGAUGAUCUUAAACCCAAAAUCUCCUGA